AUGCUGCCGAGAUUUCACACAAACAAAAACUACUUUCACACUCGACUAAAUGAAACGGAAGCAACCUGAAUGCAGAGAGGAAAUAAUUUAUGACCUAAAACGGAGUUCGUUUCCUUUCGUGUCAGCGUUAAAGUAUUGUUUGGGAGUGUGAGCGCUAAUUUUAGCUCAAGCUAACAGUCAGGGGCGCGCGUGUCCGGGCUCGAGCAGAACCGGAGAGCCCAAUGGCUGACCCGAGAAAAGUCCCGUUCGUCACCCUCGCCUCUUUCAGCACCACACCGGCGGCGCCCGAGACUAAAAAACGCCGACGGGAGGAUGAGGAGAAUGAGCCGACCCCCGGUGUCACCGGCGGGGGGCUGUUCGGUAAUGUUACCGCGAAACCGGCUACGGAUCCCGGCGAACCCAAACGCACCGUCCGACUAAACCUGAGCCUGUCAGAGCCGAAUGAGCAGAAAUCAGCAGAGUUUAACUACGGCGAGCUGAUCACCUCCAGCCUGCAGGUGAGGAAAGCUCCUCAGGGUCUCACUCCAGCUCUGGACCCCAGCGAUCCGUUUGCAGACGAAGACAAAGAGCGGCAGGAAGUCGAGGCUCUGGCCAGGAAGUUUGAGAGCAAAUAUGGAGGCGCUGUUAAGAAGAAGAGGAAAGACCGGAUGCAGGAUCUGAUUGAUAUCGGUUAUGGAUAUGAUGAAACGGAUCCGUUUAUUGACAACUCUGAAGCGUAUGAUGAACUGGUUCCUGCAUCUCUGACCACUAAACUGGGCGGUUUCUACAUCAACACUGGCACACUGCAGUUCAGGGUGGCAUCUGAAUCUGAGGGAGAAGAUGCUGGAAAAGAGUCCAAUCACAUUAAGAAAGAGGGAGAGGAGCGGGUGAUAAAGCGAAGGAAAAAGAAGCAGGAUGGAGGACUGGAGGAGAAGAAACCCAGGAAAUUCAAAGUUCCCAAACCGGGUGUGUCAUCACUGAAUCGACCGGAGAAGAAGAAGAGGAAGAAGCUAAUGAAGGACUCUCUGUCUCUGGCAGCCAUGCUGCGGCGCUUCACCCGCGAGAAAGAGGAGAUCCGCAAGAAAUCCCCAGUAUCCGCAGUCAAGCUGGUCCGCGCUCCUCCAAACCCGGCCGUCACCUCCGCUGCCGCUCCCUCUGAUGACCUGUCUAUGGCUGACAUCUCCGCUGACCCGGCCAUGAUGUCACUGUUGGGUGGAGCCACAGAGAACGACAUGCUGCAAGAGCUGAUGGGCGACCUGGACUUCGGGCUGCUGGACUCUCCGCAGCCGUCUAGCCCUGGGCAGAGCGAGAACGGCAAAGCAGGAGCUACAGGACGAGUGCAGAAGAGUGGGAUGAUGCCGAUGCCACCACCGCCUCUGCCCAACAGCCUGCCUGCACCACUGCUCAAACGCAUCGAGGACCUGCGGGCGGCGUCUCGUCUGUUUGAUAUGGAGGGCAGGAAGAAGUUUUUCACGCUGGACAUGAACAACAUCCUGCUUGAUAUUGAGCUGCAGGUGCAGGAGCAGCCCGUGCCAAUCCGCGCUGCUGUUUACACUCAUCUAGAGGCAUUUGUGCCCUGUAAUAAAGAGGCUCUGCUGAAGCGUCUGAAGAAGCUGAGUCUGAACAUCCAGGACGACCGGCUGCGGACGCCGCUGCUCAAACUCAAGCUGGCCGUGUGCAGUGUGAUGCCGGAGCAGAUCGCGCGAUACAACAUGGACUGCAUGGCUAAAGUCGCCAAGCAGCAGACUGAAGACUUCGACAGGAAUGGCUCAGAGGAGGAGGACGAUGAGAAGCCUGGAAAACGAGUGAUGGGACCCAGGAAGAAGUUUGUGUGGGACGACAAACUCAGGACUCUGCUGUGUAAUCUCGUGCGGGUGAAGCUGAGCUGUUACGAGCUUGAGGCUCAGAGUUCACUCUCUCCUGAAGAUUACCUGAAGGUCUUCAUGGAGACCGAGGUCAAGCCUCUCUGGCCCAAAGGAUGGAUGCAGGCCAGGAUGUUGAUUAAGGAGAGUCGUUUAGCUCACAAUCACCUCACGGCAAACACAGUGAAGAAACGGGUGCUACCUACUCCGAAAGCCAAACCCAAGCCUCAGGACAGCGGUGUGCUCCAGCGGCCGCCCGUCUCAGUGGACACCCCCUCGCAGACCCCCUCCACCCCUGCCAUCCCGCGACCACAACCAUCCCCGCCGGAGCCCAUCUGCCUGUCGGACUCUCUGGAUGACGAUCUGAUAGCUCCGUCUCUGGACUCCAUCUCUCAUGCGCUGGCCAUGCUCAGCAGCGCCGCCAAAGACCUGGUGCAGUCCGACAGCCUACCGUCCAGCGACCCACCCAAACCUGCGCCUCCACAGCAGGCCAAGAAAAGCACCAACACCCCCCCACCACCUCCAUCUCCCAGCAUCCUCUCCUCCUCAUCUCCAUCUGUUAAAGGCGUCAGCGUCUUAUCACAAGUUCAAAGACCUUCAGUUAUUCCCACCCAGCGACCAACGGUCGCCCAGCCCACAAAAAUAGGCGUGUCUCCCGCAAAGCCCCGCCCACCUCCUACAGCCUCGCCCCUUCACGCGCCUCAAAAGAUCACAAAUAAAACUGUAGUCACUCUUCCUGCGGGUCUCAUCAAAUCCAGCAAUAGUGCAUCACCUCAGCCGCGUGCUCUUCCGAACGCUUCCUCCGUUAUUAACGUUAAACCCACAGCGCCUUUCCACGUCACCAAAAACCACGAGGCUCCCAAACCGGGCUUCAUCACGCCCAUGCAGGCCACCAUCACUAAAUCACCGCAUAACCCCAGUUCAAACAUCAUUAAGCUCACGCCCACCGCCUCGCCGGUCUCCAGGCCCACUGCAUUACCCAGCAUGCACCAGCACACCGCCUCUAAGAGCGCAGGGUUCCACCCGGGGUACGUGGCAGGGGGUUACAGCGCCCCCACGGCGCAAAAGAGCUCCUCUCAGGGCAACAGCGUCUCCAGCCUGUCUGUGCAGAGCAGCGCUGUUAAACAGCUACCUGUCAGUUCUCCGCCCACACCGGUUGCAACAGCUAAUCACAGCCAGAGACUCCGACCAGUGGGAGGAGCCAAUCAGGGGGUGAAGACAAUCACAUCAGUGUCCACAGCCACAUCUGUCUCUCCACUCGCACAGGUGUCGUCGUCCUCUGCUCUGCUGGGCUCUGCGGCUCCAGCUCUGCCUCUGGGAUUCGGGAUGUUAGGAGGUCUGGUUCCCGUCUCUCUCCCCUUCCAGUUCCCGAACCUGCUGAAUCUGCCCUCGUCUGUGGUCUCCACCGCGUCCAGCAGCGGCUCCAGCAGCGCCAGCGCCUCCGGCUUCAGCCUUUCACCCAAUGUGUUAAAGAACCUCAUGUCAGGGCCUCAGGCUGCUCUUCCUCCACACUUACAGCUGGCUUUCCCAGAUGUCAAUCAAGCGCAGGGCGGAGACUUGAAGAGGAAGACCUUAUGACAUCACUGAUGCCCCGCCCACUUUUAUGCAUGAUCUGCUGGCCGUCCAGUGAGACGGAGCCAUUUUUAUACUCAUUUGAAUACGGUGAAUAAUGUUAUUAGUUUUUGAUUAAUGAUGAUGAUGAUGAUGAUCCGUCGGUUGUACAUAAUCAAUCAAUGUUUACACGGACAGACCUGAUCACUGUGGACGGGGGGAGUGUGUGUGUGUGUCUGCAUGUUGAUUAGCUUCUGUAAAUGAGUUUUUCUCUGAAUGUGUGUGUGUGUGUGUGUGUGUGUGUGUGAGGCUCCUCCCUCUCUCUCUGGUGUACGGUCGGUGUUUCUGGUGCUGUUUUCUCCAAUGAAUCGCCCUUUAAAAGAUGAACUGAACCAAACGAGGGCGACGGCUGUAACAUACUUGAAACUUUCAGGAUUUGUUUACUUUCAGGAAACACAAACGCGAAAUAAAAAUGCUGAAGCCUUAGUCAAA